AUGGCUGAAGUAAAGUUAGAGAAGCUUAGAGUAAAACGCCAAGUAAUCAUCGGCCAGCUAGGUAGAACGAAAGAAUUCUUAAAACGCGCUUCUGCAGCACUUACCGCUGAACUCGAGACUAGAUUAGAAUCUCUCGAAUCGACGAGAACUAAUUUCGAAGCAAUCCAACUAAAAAUUGAAGAGCUUGACGAGAACGAAGCUACUCUUCCAGUCAGAGGUGAUUUCGAAGAGACUUAUUUUGAAAUUCGUCCAGCACUACUAAAUUUAAUUAGCGAUGCUAGGCAUCCAUCGGAUUCCGAACCUAUGAAUCGUACGGCACUAGAAACUACAAUUGGAGGCACACCAAUCCGCCUGCCAGAGAUACCUCUACCUAAAUUCUCGGGAGAUUACGUCAAUUGGACGUCGUUUUACCAAACUUUCGUUACUUUGAUCCAUAACAAUCCGGCCUUGAAUAACAUCACUCGAUUUCAUUUCCUACGAUCAGCGCUUAGUGAAAAGGCACUUAGCAGCAUUCGUGCUCUAGAGGUUAACGAACCCAAUUACGAAGUAGCUCUAAAAACACUUGUAUCUCGAUAUAAUAAGGAGCAAGUCAUAGCUCAUGAGCAUCUUAGAAGAAUCUUUAAUCUUUCACAAGUUUCAAGAAACUCCGCAACGGAACUUCGUACGCUCUUGGAUGAACUUAACGUUCACUUAAGUGCACUUACAUCACUGGGUAGGCCUACAGUCUAUUGGGAUGAUCCCAUGAUCUACCUGAUGUGCACUAAAUUAGACAGCCUAUCGUUAGAUAAAUGGAAUGACAUUCGUUCCCAAGAUAGAUUUCCAACCCUUGAUGAGUUCAAGAAGUUUUUGGAAAACCGAGCUUUCAAUCUAGACGAAAAAUCAUGUCUCGCUCCUGCAGCCUACACUUCGAAUCUGAAGAAUAUUAAACCUAAAAAGGACAAUAAACAACCGCAAACGUCUCUCAUCGCAGUACACGAAAAGCUCUGUAGUUAUUGUUCAGGUACGAAACACAAUAUAUAUAGAUGCCGAAAAUUUCUACAACUUUCACCCGAACAACGCUACAACUCAGCAAAUGGGUUAAAACUCUGUCUUAACUGCCUCAAAACUGGCCAUCUAACUGAUUCCUGCAGCUUAGAUAAGUGUCGCACUUGCAAGCAGCCACACCAUACAUUGCUGCAUGAUCAUUUAAAAGCAUCACCCGCACCAUCUGCACAAAAUGAAACUCCUUCAAAGGAACCUUGA